AACCUUGUCCGGUAUGACUACUCGCAAAUCAUGUUACAAUCGCUUUAUCACAUGUGGCCCUUUACAAACAUAUGUUGACUAACUAAAUACGGUAUAAAAGCCCACCAAACCGAUGUAGUAGUACAUUUCUCAUCUGAACAUUCGAGAGCUUCAACGCGAAAUGAUUCUAAAAAUUGUACUUUUGUGUGGUGCCGUGGCGGCUGUACACGGUGGAGGUUUGAUCGCUCCGGCGUACAGCGCACCAUACAGUUAUGGCGCUUGGAACCCGUACAGCUCAUAUCCGGCUCAACCCGCCUUGGCCUCUCAACACUCGAACACAUAUAGGUCACCAUUCAACCUCGGACAGAUUUCAACAUACAGUAAAUCAGUGGAUACACCUUUCUCGAGUGUGCGUAAGGCUGAUAUUCGUGUGAGUAAUCCCGGUGUAGCUGUGGCUCCUGCUUACAGUAGCUUUGCAGCACCUUAUGUGUCCCACGUUGGAGUUGCGGCACCUGUUGCUAAAGUGGCUACGACAGGGGGUCUCCUAGGGGUAGCAUAUUCAGCAGCUCCAACUGUCUCCCAUAUGACAUAUACCAACGGGCUUGGCUUUGCAUACGGCUGGUAAAACCGAAAAUACGCUUAUAAUAAGAAAUUUAUCAUAUUAUUUAUAAAGCAUUGAAAGAUUCCUCGUUAUUUGUUACCUGUUAGUUAUUAACUUUAUUUAUUUACCUACAUAAUUACUUGAAUAAAAGUGUGUUAUUAAAA